GUCAUCAUAACAUGCCUCAGAGCUGUGAAAUAGUACAAGGACAUGUUUAAUACUAUGAUGCCUAGUUACCAAGGUUGGGCCCAAUGCCUGUAUCCAGAUAGACAUGGAACAGUUCACACACUCAUUGUCCUUUGCUCCUUCUUCUCUCCAUGUGUUCCUCUGCAGCCCUGCCUUUGGCUACACUGACUGUGGAGCCACAUAGUCCUGUGUUCACUGGAGAGACAGUCACUCUGAAGUGUGUGAUAGAGUCUCUCAGUGGCUGGACAUACUGGUUGUAUAAGUGGCCAAGCAAUGCCCCAGUGUCUGAGGGAAACACCUUCACCAUCAGCGGAGCUACGGAGUCUCAGAAGGGCCAGUACUGGUGUCAGGGGGAGAGGAGAGACAGACCCACAACAUCACAACCAAGCAGUAGAAUAACUCUUGACGUAACAGCAUCAAAGCCCAAACUCACAUUAAGUCCAGGCCACCAGCUCCUCACAGGAGACUCAGUGACUCUGACAUGUGAGUUGGGUGUUUCCUCUGGUUUGGUGUUCUACUGGUACAGAGACACACAGACCUCUGAUCCUGUGGUCCAGAAUGAUAGAAACUCCUACAGCAUCAUCUCUGUUAAAGUCUCUGAUGGAGGACAGUACUGGUGCAGAGCUGGGAGAGGAGACCCGGUCUAUCACACACAGUACAGUGAUGAAGUUGAGAUAAAGGUUACAGAAAGAUCAAAAGCUACUGUUACCCUUAAAUCAAACUGGACAGAGUUCUUCAGUGGAGAAAAGGUCUCUCUCAGAUGUGACAUAAAGAAUGGGGAGAGCAGUGACUGGGGGUACAGCUGGUUUAGGAAUGGAGUCUCUAAGUCUGAAAAGGAACAUGAAAUCAAUCCAUCCCAAAGUGGUAACUAUACUUGUAAAGGACAAAGGAAAUGUGAUGAAAAAGAAUCAGAAGAAAGUGCUGCUGUUGGUAUUGCAGUUUCUUCAGAGAAAGCCCAGGCAGUUCUGGGUUCCCUUUCACAGAUGUGGCUGACUGAAGGAGACUCAGUGACUCUGAGCUGUGAGGUUAGAGGCUCCACUACAGGCUGGAGAUUCCACUGGUACAAGACUGCCCCCUAUAGUCCUGAAUUGGUAUAUGUGUUACAUGAGAACAGGGGAUAUUCUCUACAGCUGGUCUCAGACAGCAUCAGUGGAGCUGGAGGCUCCUACACUCUCAGCCCAGCUGCUCUUAGACACACAGGGGUUUAUGUGUGCAGAGGAGAGAGAGGAGAGCCAGCUUAUCACACACAGUUCAGCCAACCUCAGCCACUCUGGGUCACAGGUGUGUCUCCUCCAGCUUCUGUGAUCAUCCACUCAAACUGGACCCAGAUCUUUACAUACGAGUCUCUCUCACUGAGCUGUGGGGUUCAGGGCAACUCUACUGGAUGGAGACUGAGGUGGUUCACAGGCAGAGGAGGGGAAUCAAAGUGUCCCACUGACUGGAGAUCAGAAACAGGAUCAUCCUGCAGCAUCAGAUCAUCAUCAUCAUCAGACAGUGGAGUUUACUGGUGUCAGUCUGAGUCUGGAGAGCAGAGUAAUCCUGUCAACAUCACAGUGCACACUGGUGAUGUGAUCCUGGAGAGUCCUACCCAUCCUGUGACUGAGGGAGAUCGACUGACCCUGCGCUGUAGAUAUCGCUAUAAGCCAUCAAACAUCAGUGCUGACUUCUAUAGAGAUGGGACACUCCUCCAGACCUCCACCACAGGGGAGAUGACCAUCCCUGCAGUCUCAGAGUCACAUGAAGGAGUCUAUAGGUGCAGGAACCCAGAGAAAGGAGAGUCCCCAGAGAGCUGGGUCACAGUUAAAGAGACCCAUUCUACACAUGUGGAUUCUGGUUCCUUCAUCAUUUUAGUAGUCGGAGUGGUGAUGGGAAUCUCCUUGGUCUUGGUGGGAGCCUUUUCAGUCUUCCGGCUACAUCAAUCAAAAUAUCUCUCAGGUCUUUGUUUUACCCCUACAGCAACAGACCAGCAGCAGCAGCAGCAGCAGAUGAGCACCAAUCAGAGUUCAGACCAGGACCAGAGUCAGUCUGCAGGAAGAGGGGGGUCUGAGUCAGAGUAUAUGCCUCUGCAGAACAGAAGUACAGAUGUCUAUAACACUAUCACCCCCCUAUAUAUGCCACUGCAGAGAGGUGCUACAGAUGUCUAUGAAACAAUAAAAUCAUCCAAGGACUCUCAAGAAGAUGAUGAGGAAGAAUAUGAUGAUGUGGUUCCCUCCGACACUAGAGCAGAGGAACAUGUGUAACUGAGGAAAAGAAAGGGAGAGAUGAUAUGCUACAACAUCCAUAAAGCUCCAUGUACCUGUUACCGAGGCUUAGGACUUCCCUAACAUCCAAGAGUCACAGCUGUUUUUGCUUCUACUUUUUAGUUUUUAUGCCUUUGAGCAUCUAUUUAAAAUAGAGCAUUUGUGCUCUUAAUGUGUUUUCUAAAGCAGUGCCAUUUCCUCAAAUGUGUAAAUUGUAAAUGUAAACAGCCACAUACAUCUAUGAAUAUGUUUGGAAAGGACAGAAUAUCGACAAUGGCCUAAUCAAUCCUUCAUUUUAGUUGUUUUAAGAUUGUGAAAGACUGAGUUCAACUCCCAUAAGAUAGGCUAGGUGGCAGUCAAUUAGCUUAUGUGUUACUGUAGAUAUUUACUAGUGCUGUCAAACGAUUAAAAUAUUUAAUCGCGAUUAAUCGCAUUUAUGUCAUAGUUAACUCAAAAUGAAUCGCGAUUAAUCG